AAAAUGUAGAUCCAUCUGGAAGAAAGCCGUGACGUUAGAAAGAGAAAGAAAAACAAUGGAAAGAGAAAGUACCUACCCCAAACCCAUUUUCUCAGUUCAUGUAUAAACUAACAAACUAAUUAAACUCAAAUGGCAUUUCUAAGGUCCGUAGUCGCAACAACAACAACCGCAACCGCCGUUGCAGCUUUAGCUUUUUCUUCAUCUUCUUCUUUCUCUCAUUCACACCUAUCCCCAAACAUCGCCUUAUCUUCCAAUUCCAAUCCCAAAUCCAGUAAACCCUUCGGCCUCGUCAAAACAUUUGCUACCUCUCCCUCGCCUCUCCUGAUGGACCACAACCUCGCCUCACACAUCAAUCAUCAUGUUUUGCCCGAGUUACUCACGGAGUAUAUGGUGGAUAUGACUUGUGAAGGCUGUGUUAAUGCGGUUAAAAAUAAGCUGCAAAGUGUUGAUGGAAUCAAGAACGUGGAGGUGGAUUUGAGCAAUCAGGUUGUUAGGAUUCUUGGUUCAACUCCGGUAAAAAUCAUGACUGAAGCUCUUGAGCAGACCGGUAGGAAAGCUCGGUUAAUUGGACAAGGAGUGCCAGAAGACUUCUUAAUAUCUGCUGCUGUUUCCGAAUUCAAAGGGCCGGAUAUUUUUGGUGUUGUUCGCCUGGCUCAAGUAAAUAUGGAACUAGCUAGAAUUGAAGCAAACUUCAGCGGGCUAUCACCGGGGAAGCAUUCUUGGUCUAUUAAUGAGUUUGGUGAUUUGACUAGAGGUGCAGCAAGCACCGGUAAAGUGUUCAAUCCGCCCAACAAGCAAAACACUAAAGAGCCACUGGGCGACCUGGGAACACUAGAUGCUAAUGAAAAGGGUGAGGCCUUCUACACCGGGAUCAAAGAAAAGCUAAGGGUGGCUGAUCUUAUUGGACGAUCUAUUGUGGUGCAUGCUACGGAAGAUAAAUCAGUACAUGGUAUAGCUGCUGCAGUGGUUGCUAGAAGUGCAGCAGUGGGUGAGAACUACAAAAAACUCUGUACCUGUGAUGGCACCCCCAUAUGGGAGGCAACUGACUCAGAUUUUGUUACUAGCAAGUUCUGAUGAAGUAGUUAAACAUUGUAAUUUUGAUGCCUUGUAUACAACACUUCAAGUUUUGAAGAGAUCUUGUAUACUAUUACAAAAAAAAAUGUGUCUGUCAUUUACCAUAAAUACUUUUACAUAGAUUAUGAAGUUGUUUUUGUGGACAGCAUGGUAAGGAUGGUUUAAUUUACUCCCCUCUAUUUCCUUAA